AUGGCUGUAGCAGACUCAACAUCUUUACAGGAUCAGUUUCAACGGUCAUCUUCAGCUCACUCUAGGAGGCCACUCCUUCAUCUAGUAUCCACUCAAAAUGAGAGACAGAGAUACCUGACCCAAUGUGUUCCCCUUCACAAAGCAGCACUGAAAGGUGACUGGAAAGAAGCGAAGAAAAUCAUAGAGAAUGGUGAGAGGCUGCUAAUCUCUGCAAUAACAAAAGGGUGGGCCACAGUCCUUCACAUUGCAGUGGGAGCAAAUCAUGUUCACUUUGUGGAAGAGUUAGUAAAACUAAUGAGUCAUGAUGAUUUGGAAUUGCAAGACUUCAAGCAUAACACUGCAUUCUGCUUUGCUGCAGCAGUUGGAAAUGUUCAAAUUGCUGAGAUAAUGAGGAGAAAAAACAAUUCACUGCCAACAAUUAGGGGUGGUGGUGGAGGAGUUACUCCUCUUCAUUUGGCUGUUUUGCAGGGAAGAAGUGAAAUGGCUAAGUAUUUGUUCCCUUUAUCUAAAGAAAUACUUGAAGAAGAGGACUGGACUACAAUUUUCCUCCUUUCUUUAAACUCUGGACUAUAUGAAUUAGCCUUGGAAAUGCUAAAUGAGAAGGAAUCGCUGGCCCUUGAUCGGGGUGAUAAUGAUGAGACAGGCUUACACGUCUUGGCUCGAAAGUCUCCUGUUUAUGGUUCCCGUAUUCUACGAUAUCAAAAACACCUCCUGCAAUUUGGAAUUUUACAGGCUUAUGCUCUUUGA